AUGGCUCAGGCAUUAGAUAUCAUUAUUUCAGAAUGCUUGCCACCCAAAUUGAUCCCUCUUCCCCGCAGUGCGCAGUUGCGGAAGGGGGAGCGCUACCACGUGACUUGCAGCACGAGCGAUGGCUCUCCGCCCCUCACCUUCAGCUGGUCUAAAGAUGGAGAGGGAAUAGAAGCUCGAGAGCAACCCCCGGACCCCACCGAAAUCGCCAUCAGAAAGUUGGACGACUUUUCCUCUUCUUUGGUGGUGGAAGAUGUUCAGGAACAGCACAGUGGCAAUUACAGUUGCACGGUCGCCAACGCAGCAGGCAGAGACACUGGAACCACCAGCCUCCAAGUCCUGUUUGCUCCAAACUGGGUGCGACCGCCAAGUGAUACUUCCGUGGAGGCAGGCAACAAAAUCACACUGCACUGUGAAGCCAAGGGCUCUCCCAAACCCACCAUCACCUGGAGGAAGAAUACAGAUUUUUCUGCCAUUAAUUUCGAUGUGGUUCACUCGGACGGGCGCGUUCGAAUCUCAGAUGAUGGGCAAAGCCUUCGCAUACCGGAAGCCAGAAAAGAAGAUGAAGGCUUCUACGAGUGCCACGUGACCAAUGGGAUUGGAGAUCAACUCAGAAAGUCGAUUCGAGUUGAGGUGCAAGUGCCGCCCAAGGUUGCUUCAGGCCCUGGCACGCUCGUUGUGGAACGAAACAAAGAUGUGACUAUUCAAUGCAAUAUGACGGGUGAUUCUCCACUGAAUAUCAUGUGGGAGAAAAAUGGGAAAUCUUUAGAGGACAGAAGGCCAAGGAUACAAAUCCACGAGCUGCCUACGGAGAGAGGAGUCACCACUUCUUUGGUUUUAACCCAUGUAGAUCGUUCCAGCAGUGGCCUUUAUGUUUGCAAAGCAAAGAACAGCUAUGGAGAAAGCUAUCGGAUCAUCAACAUUGAUGUAGUCGAGAUUCCUGGACAACCAAAAGAAUUAAUGGUCAGUCAAAUCUGGAGCCGUAGUAUUCAGUUAACAUGGACUUCGCCUUACCAUGGAAACAGACCAAUAACAGCAUACAUUAUCCACUACUGGAGGACAGAAGGAAAAUCUGCCCCUCCUCCAGAGAAACCUGAUGUACUUCGCAUCCCAUCCUUGCAAACAAUUGCAGUUGUGCCUGGCUUACUGCCUAACAGCUUUUAUAGACUAAUGGUUAUGGCAGAGAACGAUGUAGGAGUAGGGAUAGCAUCUGAUAUCGUCUCAGCAACCACCAGGGAUGAAGAGCCAGACUGGGCACCAGCAGAAGUUUCUGUUCUUGACAAGCAUUCAACUUCAUGCAAGCUCAAAUGGAGGUGUCCUCAAAGGAGCGAAUGGACAACUCCUCUAAAUGGCUAUUACAUAGGUUAUAAGCGCAUGAGUCAAAAGAGUGCUUACACGUAUCGUACACUGAAAGAAAAUGUCUGUAAGAACCACCAGGAAUAUGUUCUCCAUGGACUUGAAAAAGAUUCCAGUUACUUGGUAAUCGUCAAAGCCUAUAACCAUGUGGGCACGGGCCCGCCCUCGGAGCAAGUCGUGGUCCGUACUGCUGAUGGAGCUCCGCCACGAACACCCCAUGUGAAAGUUGUUCAAACGGGAGGAGUAACUUGUCAUUUGAAGAUAUGGCCUCGAGAAAAUAGCAGAAGUCUUCCCACAGAAUUUGUCUUGCACGUCCGAGAAUCGAAUGGCGAUCGGCACCGAAUACCAGUUUCCGUGCUCCCUUCUCAAAAUUACAGUGUUGGGGGCUUGAGUCCUGGACGCCAGUACGAGAUCUACGUUACAGCCCUCAACCUAUUUGGAGAAAGUAACCCCUCUGCCACCAUCAAGAUCAUCACCGAUCAGACAGAUCCAUCGUUAGAAGAACAUCUGUCUGACCCUAUAUAUAAGCAACCAUCGUUUGUUAUACCAAUUGCUCUAUCACUCGUUGCCAUUGUCAUUAUGGGAAUCACAGCGUGCUACUGUCACAAUAAGCUCAACCCUAGACCCAUUCCUACAGAACUCAUCGAAGACCGUGACUUCCUCUACGCUGCCGCAACGCUACAUCGCCUGGACGCCACGCUGCGUCGCGCCUCUGCCACGCUGUCUCGCGCUCCGAUUCCGGCUCGCACGUCUUCCCUUCCGCGGCCGGCGAGAUCGCACCGUGCCACCACUACCACUCUGCCAUCGCCAGAGCCGCAGCCUGUGCCAAAGCCCGAGCCCUCUCCCGCCCUGCCCACGUCCUACUCGACUCUCCAGAACUAUGGCACAGCAGCGGCACAGGCCUCCUCCGAAGGCGAGGAGGCGCCUGUGUCCUCCGUGCCAUCUUCGCCUCCUGUCUCCAAGGCAGCCAUCAUCAACCUGCCAGAUGAUAGUCGGUACGAUUCGGUGGUAGAGGAGAUGAGGACCUUCAUCAAAGACAAGGGAUCUACAAAGCCAAAGAAAAUUGAAGCUGAAGCAGAACCAGCUGUUGUCGAAGAUGACUCUUCCGAUGAUUCCUGA